GCAGAGAACACAAACCCGGACUUUAACGCCGUUCUAGAAACUGAAUUGGAUAAACUGUCGUCACGUCCGCCUCAAGUCUUCACCUAAAGUUUGAGUCUUUAGUUCGAAGAAACAUGAAAACGUCACUGAUUAUGGCGCCACAGUAAAAUCCACCUCCCUAAUCUCCGACUUAUCGUAUUGGGUUUUUGGAGCUGGAAUGGGUUCAGCUUCUAAGGAAGUGGAUUUGGUGACUCAAUGCAAGGCCAAGUUGGGGUCUUUUCGAAUUAAAGAGCUCAAGGAAGUUCUGACCCAGCUGGGUCUUUCAAAGCAAGGGAGGAAGCAGGAUCUCAUUGACAGAAUCUUAGCAUCAGUUUCGGAUGAAGAAACUGCCAAUACACGCAGUUCAUCAAAGAAAAAAAACAUGGAGAAGAACCGAGCAGUGCAAAAAAUUGAUGAAGCUUACAGAAAGAUGCAGAGUACACCAUCAACAGAUUCUUCAGCAAAGGAACAGAGUGGUUCAGAGUGUUGCAGUUUGAAGCCCCCUAUAAAGGAAGUAAAAACUUUAAAUGGUCUAGACAUGAAGAUUUCUUGCCCUUGUAGAAAUUCAUUGUCAACUGAUUCAAUGAUACAGUGUGUAGAUCCAACAUGUAGAGCCCAGCAACAUAUUGGUUGUGUAAUUAUUCCUGAGAAAACAAAGAAUUGCAGUCCAUCAUUUCCGCCUGUUUUCUACUGUGAAAUGUGUCGUCUUAAACGUGCAGAUCCUUACUGGGUGGCUGUGGUGGAUCUUGUAUCUGCAGUGAAGUUAGGUGCUUCAAAUAUUCCUAUUGAUGGUACAAAUCCAACUAAGAAUGUUGAGAAAAAUUUUCAACUUUCCAGAGCCAAUAGAGAACUACUUCAGGAUGAUGAAUAUGAUGUUCAGGCUUGGUGUAUGCUUCUCAAUGAUAGUGUUUCAUUUAGGUUGCAAUGGCCUCAGUAUGCGGAACUAAAAGUAAAUGGUAUGAAUGUUAGGGUAUUUAAUAGACCAGGACAUCAAUUGUUGGGUACUAAUGGCCGUGAUGAUGGACCAAUAAUCACAUCAUACAUUGGGGAGGGAAUCAAUAAGAUUUCAUUGUCAGGAGUUGAUAAUCGUGCUUUCUGUUUUGGUGUCAGACUGAUAAAAAAACGAACAUCUGAGCAGGUUCUCAACUUGAUUCCUAAAGAAGAAGAUGGUGAGCUCUUUGAGGAUGCACUUGCACGGGUUCGUCGUUGCAUUGGUGGUGGGGCUGCUAUGGCACAUGACGAUAGUGAUAGUGAUCUAGAAGUGAUUUCAGAUUCAGUUUCUGUGAAUCUCCGCUGCCCUUUGAGUGGUUCUCGAAUGAAGGUGGCUGGUAGAUUUAGACCUUGUGCUCACAUGGGUUGCUUUGAUCUCGAAACUUUCGUGAAGUCAAACCAGCGAUCUAGGAAGUGGCAAUGCCCCAUCUGCCUCAAGAACUACUCAUUGGAGGACGUCAUUAUUGACCGCUAUUUCAAUCGCAUCACAACUAUGAUGCGAAUUUGUGGGGAAGACAUUACAGAGGUCAAUGUGAAACCAGAUGGUUCUUGGAGUGCAAAGACUAAAGGUGAAUUUAGAGACCUUGCUCAAUGGCACCUUCCUGACGGCUCUCCAUAUGUUGGUAUGGAUAUGGGAAACACAGGCCAAUCCAAGCCAGAAUCAUGUUCAAACCAACAGCAUGGUGGGAUCAAUGAAGUUGGUAAGCAUCUGGGUAGCCCAUUAGACAAAGAAUUUGGGGCUUUUGAGCAAAAGGUUAUAAUGAUGAGCAGCAGUGACACCUAUGGCAAAGAGGCUGAAGACAUCAUUAGAAAAAGCAGUAUUCAUAUAGACUCAGCAUAUGAUGACAACGAAGUCAAUUCAUUUUCCCCUAAUUUUGCCUCAGCUGGUAUUAUUAUUCUCAGUGAUUCAGAUGAUGAAACUGUCGACUUGGUUUCCCCAAGAGUUGUGAACAAUACUUUCCCAAUAAGUAACAGUGCAUGCUCUCUGUCUGCACCUCCUGGCAUUUCAGACCCAUAUGAGUCUUGUUUGGGUCUUUUAAAUGGAAAUGGCAAUGACAGAGGGACACUAUAUCCAUAUCCUACUAGUACUCAAGCUGAUCCUGGGUUCCAAUUUUUUGGUACAGAUUCAGAUAUAUCCGAUGCUUUUAUUGAUUUAGAGCAGAUGUCUGCAGCUCCUAUGAAUCAUGACACGUUGUUGGUUUCUGAUAAAAAUUUAGAACCAAGCAGACAUGUCUUAAACUCUUCUGCUUCCCAUACCAAUGCUAAUUUGGACAGCUUGGUUGAUAAUCCACUGGACUUUAUUAGAGAAGAUCCCUCGAUACAAAGUUUUCUUCCAAGUCAUCCCUCUUGUUUGCUGGAGCAGUCUGAUCUUGGAGGACAACCACCAGUCUCAAAUGGCAUUACUAGUGACUGGGUUGCUCUUAGCCUUGGUAUAAUUGAAAAUGCUGAACUUGCAGAGACAAAUGGACUACAGCUGACAAACCAAUGUGGAUCAAAUAAGGCUUUAAUCACGGAUAAAAAUAAGGGAGCCAAGUCAAAUCCUAACAGAGCAAAUUCAAGGAAACUUUCGGAUGGCCCUUUCUCCUUUCCUCGUCAGCCACGGUCUGUAAGACAGCGAGUGUAUCUGUCAGUAGAUUCAAGUUCUGAAUAGACAAGGUUGUUGCUUAGUUAAGAAGCCGCUGGGAUAAACAAAGACCUUCAUUUUUGGAAGUUUGAGGUUUCAUUCAUGUGCAAAGCAUAAUUUUUGGAAGGCCCUGUCGUCACAGAUUUACUCUCAUUCUGUUAGGGGCAGUUCUGUAGCCACUCUAUUUAAGGGUAAUAUCAUUUUGUUUUCUACUUGGUCGUGGUUUGACUUGCUCGACUGGAACUUCAGUUGCCAUCGCAUGGAAACUAAUUCCUAUAUAAUCCACCUCUUAUAAACAGACGAAGCAUAACUUUAUAACCAACAAGCAGGUGCUCUUCUAUGCCUCCUGGACUAUAAAAAUUUAAACUACUUAAGAGUAUUAGAUGAUUUUUGCUGCAAUGUAAAAUAGAAUGAUUUGAAAUCUGCAAGCUAAGCAUGCCUGUAACAUUAUUUACUUCAUCUUAGUCGUAGUUAGGGUUCCUGUUUGUUGCCCUGGACAUACUGGAGGUGAGUGUACAUAGAAUAUACAUCAAAAGUGUGGAUUCCCAUCCUAGCUGCCUACUUGAGAUGGGGCACCGAAGAGAAGUAGGCUAGAAUAUCAUUAGAUCACUGCUGUUCUGUUCUAGUUACAAAUUAGUGCCAGUGUUCAGUGGUUAAGAGGAGGUUAUAACCUGUACUUGCUCGAAUAUUGAUGUCCCAAUUUUCUGGGUACUCCCAAGUUACUUUGAUAUGCAUCAUCUUUAUAAAGCCACCUCU